AUGGCGCGCCCAGUGCUCCCGUUCAGGGACAUCAAUCUCCAUUCAUCUCCCUCUCACUAUGCGUUUACGUCGCCCUCCACACCAAAUGCGCCCACCCUGGUUGUCGAGCGACCGACCGGCGACCUGCGUCUAAAUGAUGGCUCUCUAUUGGGGACAAAACGAGUGUCUAGUAUUGCGGGAAUCUUGGGCAUUAUCAAGCUCAAAUUAGACAAGUAUAUAAUUGUCAUCACCAAAGCCCAGCCUAUGGGACGACUUCGAGGACACAUGAUAUACAAGGUUAUCGCAACCGAAUUUCUUCCUUUGCGGGAGCGUGCACUGCAUGAUACUGACGAAAAUACCUACCUGGCCCUGUUGAAAGACUUGAUCCGAACGGGGCCCAUGUAUUUUUCAUAUUCUCUCGACCUAACCAGCAAUUUCCAAAGACAAUCGCAAAGCGACCCAAGUGCCCCCUUGUGGAAAAGAGCCGACGACCGUUUUUACUGGAACCGAUUUAUCCAGUCGGAUCUCAUCGAUCUUCGUGUCGGGUCUGGGGAUUCGGCCGGCGCUCGCUAUAGCCAGCAACCCGGUGUUGACCCCUACAUAUUACCUGUCAUGUUUGGCAUGCUUCGCAUCGCUCCGGCAAGAGUAAAAAGUACCACAUUUACCUUUGCAUUGAUUACGCGCAGGUGCAGGCAUCGAGGUGGCACCCGCUACUUCUCUCGUGGUAUCGAUGAGAAUGGAAAUGUGUCGAACUACAAUGAGACUGAGCAAAUCAUCGUCCUGAACGACGCAACUGGUGGUCUGGCAGGCUUUGCUGGAGGGCAAGGAAUGCAGAACGGAAAAGCUGAAGGGCCCAACCAAGACCUGCAGGUUUUCUCAUUUGUUCAAACCCGUGGCAGCGUCCCUAUCUUUUGGGCUGAGAUCAAUAAUCUGCAUUAUACUCCAAAACUGCAGGUUCGCGCUGUGGAAGCGGCAGUGGAAGCGGCACGGAAACAUUUCACGGAACAAAUCAAAAUUUAUGGUGAAAACUACCUGGUUAAUCUUGUGAACCAGAAGGGAAGAGAAGAGCGAGUAAAGAAGGCCUAUGAACAAUUAGUUCGCGUUCUUGUUUCAUCUCCCGUCGAAACCUCAGAAUCAGAUCAGCCGCAUACCGAGGAGAAGGUGCACACUCUAGAGGCGGAGCAGAAGCAGCAAAUCAUGGAUCAGCUUCACUAUGUCUAUUUUGACUUCCAUAACGAGACUAAAGGCCUCAAAUGGCACCGAGCGCAACUUCUUCUAGAUCGAUUGACUGAUGGACUUAUGCGUGGGCAAUACUUCCGUGGAGUUGAGAACCCUGGCGAUACGAACGGUCAGCUAGAUGCCCGAACCUUUCAGACAAGCGUUGUCCGAACGAACUGCAUGGAUUGUCUCGAUCGUACAAACGUCGUUCAGAGCAUGUUGGGCCGCUGGACAGUAAGCCGUCAGCUCAUGGAUGCCGGUGUGCUCCGCCCAGGAGAAUCAGCAAGCGACGAUCCUGAGUUUGAGAACCUGUUCCGCAACAUAUGGGCAGAUAAUGCGGACGUUGUUUCAAAGGCCUACUCUGGAACUGGGGCUCUCAAAACCGACUUCACGCGAACCGGUGAGCGGACACGUGCGGGAAUGGUGCAAGACUUUUCCAACUCAGUCACGCGGUAUGUACGAAACAAUUUUAUGGAUGGAACUAGGCAAGACGGCUUUGACUUGUUCCUGGGAACCUAUCUACCUCAAGACUCUGCAUUGGGAAGCCUUCUGCUGUACGUCGACCGCAGACCGGUUGUUAUUCAGUCUAUUCCAUACAUAUUUGUAGCCAGCGUUUUCAUGGUGCUAGUUGCCACAUUCACACGCCGCCUACCCGAUGCUGCUGUUUGGCCUCUGAGAAUAUUUCUCAUUUUUUGGAUCGUUGUGGGCGUAUGGUGCUUCCGCUUCAUCUCCAGGAAUGGGAUGCUCUACGUUAAUUGGCCCAAGCUGAACACUCCUACUGCUGCUACCGAAGGCUAUCAAGAAGCUCUCAACCAUGCCCGCUCAGACCACAUCAUUGGCCGCCUGUUGCCAAUCAAGCGUCACCAACGCGGUUUCAGCAACGCCCGCUUAGGCUACUUGGAAGAGGGCAAAAAGAGGCUUGAGUAG